GAUAUUAGUAUAACAAUGCAGAAUUCAGAUCAGUAUAAUAAAGAGUUUCUUAAAGAUGAUUAUAAAAAACCUCAAAUUUUAAUUAAUAUGGCUUUGAAAGAUUGUUUAGAAGAUGUUUUAAGUGAAAUAUGA